AUGACCGUUUCACAGACAUCUUUGCCUGCACCCUUCAGAAAGGUAGCUUCGGGAAAAGUAAGAGAUCUUUAUGAGUGUGAAGAGUUUCCUUCUUGUCUGCUCUUUGUUGCGACCGACCGAAUCAGUGCAUACGAUGUGAUUAUGGAAAACGGAAUACCAAACAAGGGUAAAAUUCUUACAAAAAUUUCAGAGUUUUGGUUUUCUCUUUUAAAAGAAAAAGUCCAAACUCAUAUAGUUACAUCCAAAUGGAACGAAAUGCCACAAGUCAUUCAACAGCAUCCAGAAUUAAAGGAUCGUUGCAUGCUUGUUAAAAAGUUUAAAAUCCUUCCUAUUGAAGCAAUCGUUCGUGGCUACCUAACCGGAAGUGCAUGGAAGGAAUAUCAAACCCAUGGUACCGUUCACGGAAUCCAAGUCCCUGCUAAUAUGCAAGAAGGCGAGGCUUUUCCUGAACCUCUUUUCACCCCAAGUACGAAAGCUGCCGAGGGACACGAUGAGAACAUUCAUCCUGAUAGAAUGAGUAGCAUUAUUGGUGAGGACCUGGCUAAACAAGUUGCUCAAACCGCUGUUGAUCUUUAUAAAGUUGCCAGAGACUAUGCAUUACAAAAGGGUAUUAUCAUUGCCGAUACUAAAUUCGAAUUUGGCGUUGAUGAACUUACUAAUAAAAUUGUUCUUGUGGAUGAGGUGUUAACUCCCGAUUCUUCUCGAUUUUGGCUCGCUGCUGACUACAAAGUCGGAGCAUCUCCAGACAGCUUCGAUAAGCAGUUUUUACGCAAUUGGCUUACCUCCAAUAAGUUAAAUGGUAAGCCUGGAGUGUUACUUCCUGAGCAUAUUAUUCAAUCCACUGGUAAAAAGUAUAUGGACGCCUAUGAAAUGAUUACCGGAAAAAAUUGGUCAUAUUAA